GCCGCCGCGAGAGAAGCUACUGACUGGCUAGUCCGUAGUGAUUGGAGAAAGAGGCUGACAGAAUGCGGUCUUUCCGUUUAUGAUUACGGCUGUCGAUUCUACAAAUCAUUCCUCGCCUUGCCUAUCCUAACAUCUUGCAAUAGUUAUGCUAUCAUAGGCGAGGAGCAUGCCCCGUCGAUUUUUUAAUUAAUUGCCAAUGAUAUGAAAGUUUAUCCCGAAUGGCGGAAUCAUCAUGUAUCCAUUCAUAUGGUAAAUGGGAAAUUUCCGGAAAGGAGCUAGUAUCCUACAAAGCUCAACGCGGUGGAUGGAAGUAUUCACGGACGGCUUUGGGGUUCAAUGUCCUGCUCGGCGCCAGAGCCUUGGCUCCUCUGUCCGAGCUUUGUGAGCGUUUAACCGUCCCUGACAAUCGAGGCGAAGGUGUUGCGGCAGCCCAACCAACCACGUUUAUCUGUCUUGGGCGCCGGAAUAGCACAUCAUUGGAUGGAGCGGCCAGUUUCAUGGAUGACAAUACCAUGCGCAUGGAGUCCAGUGCUGAAGUUUCACCUGCAGCUUUCGCGUAAUGCUUCUCAUAGUCAUGAGUUAAAAAGGCCAGCAGAUGUGAUCGUAUUUUGCGGGUGGAUAGUGGAUAUAGCAGCAGGUUGAAUUGGCUGUUUCUCCAAAUCAUGGCUGUCGGGGAUUUUCC